UUCCUUGACAUUGCAUGUCUCUUUCUCAAAAUGGAAAUAACGAAAGAAGAAGUUGUCGACAUUUUAAAAGGAUGUGGGUAUCACGCUGAGGUUGCCCUCAGUGUCCUCAGACAGAAGUCUCUCCUUGAGAUCAUGAAAGACGAUACUCUGUCGAUGCAUGAUCAGAUCAGAGACAUGGGUAGGCAGAUGGUCCUUAAAGAAAGCAGAGAUGAUCCUGAAAUGCGGAGUAGACUCUGGGAUCGUGGUGAAAUAAUGAACGUAUUGGACUAUAUGAAGGGAACAAGAUCCAUCCGGGGAAUCGUGUUUGACUUCAAAAAAAAGUUUGUAAGGGACCAUACUGCAGAGGAAAUUGUGUCGACGAAUCUACAGAACAAUCAGGGCAGGAAGUCCAUGUUAGAGUCACUGAAGAAUAUGUUUGUAAGACUUCCUGUUGAAGAAAAGCCAAAAAGUUCUGAAAUCACCAUUCCCGUAGAGCCUUUUGUACCAAUGAAGAAGUUGAGACUUCUUCAGAUUAAUAACGUGGAACUAGAAGGAAAUCUUAAACUCCUCCCAUCUGAACUCAAGUGGAUACAGUGGAAAGGUUGCCCAUUAGAAUCUCUCCCUCCUUAUUUUCUUGCUAGGCAACUUGCUGUUCUUGAUCUUUCAGAGAGUGGAAUAAGAGAAGUCCAGAGCGAGCUCAUCAAAAGGGAGGACAAGUACUUGAAGGUUGUAAAUUUGCGUGGCUGCAACAGCUUAGAAGCCAUUCCUAAUUUAUCAAACCAUAAAGCCAUAGAAAAGCUUGUUCUCGAGCGAUGCAAUCUCCUGGUGAAGGUUCCCAGAUCAGUUGGUAAUCUGAAAACAUUACUUCAGCUGGACCUCAGAAACUGUUCAAAUCUUUCUGAAUUUCUUGUGGAUGUUUCUGGACUGAAGCGUCUUGAAAAACUUUUCCUCUCUGGCUGUUCAAAUUUAAAAGUGUUACCAGAAAACAUCGGUGCCAUGUCAUGCUUGAAAAAGCUUCUUCUGGAUGGUACUGCGAUAAAGAAGUUACCAGAUUCUAUACUCCGUCUCCAAAAUCUUGAAAAGCUUAGUCUAAAUGGUUGCUUAUCUUUCCAAGAGCUACCUUCGUGUUUAGAAACAUUGACAUCACUGGAGAAGCUAUAUCUCGAUGAUGCUACUGGACUGCAAAAUCUUCCGAGUUCUAUUGGAGAUCUGAAAAAUCUCCAGAAGCUGCAUUUGAGACGAUGUAUAUCCCUUUCUGAGAUUCCUGACACAAUCAAUGAGCUCGUAUCAUUGAAGGAACUAUUCAUCAACGGAACUAGGGUGAAGGAGCUACCUCUAAGAUCAGGCUCUCUAUCACGUUUGACUGACUUGUCAGUAGAAGGUUGCCAAUCUCUGAAACAGGUUCCAAGCUCAAUUGGUGGAUUACAUUCUCUUCUUGUACUUCGGUUGAACAGAACACCAAUUGAAGCUUUACCAAAAGAGAUUGAUGGCUUUCACUUUAUUCACCAACUUGAGUUGAGGGAUUGCGAAUCUCUGAAGGUUCUGCCUGGAUCAAUUGGAAAUAUGGACACACUCCGUAACUUAUACCUUGAAGGCUCUAACAUUGAGAAACUACCGGAAGAGUUUGGCAAGCUAGAAAACCUUGUCAAACUCCGAAUGAACAAGUGUAAAAUGCUCAAGAGGCUUCCUAACUCAUUUGGAAACUUGAAAUCUCUUCAUCAUCUGUACAUGGAAGAAACUUCGAUCGUAGAGUUGCCAGAAAGUUUUGGUAACCUCUCAAAGUUAAUGGUAUUGAAAAUGCUGAAGAAGCCUCUUUUUAGAAGUGAUGCACCAGGUACAACAAACAAAGAACCUCAUUUUGUAGAAGUACCAAGUUCUUUCUCAAACCUCUCGUCGCUUGAGGAACUGGAUGCUCGUAGUUGGGGAAUAUACAGGAAAAUCCCAGAUGUUCUUGAGAAAAUGACGUCUCUAAUGAUACUGAACCUGGGGAAUAAUUAUUUUCACAGUCUUCCGUGUAGUCUCAAGGGUUUAUCAAAUCUCAGAGAACUUUAUUUGUAUGACUGCCAAGAGCUCACUUGUCUUCCCCCUCUUCCAUGUAAACUGGAGAAACUAAACCUGGCAAACUGCUUCUCCUUGGAGAGUAUGUCCGACCUUUCAAAGCUGACGAUCUUGCAGGACCUCAAUCUCACAAACUGCGUGAAACUGAAUGAUGUUCCAGGCCUAGAGGAGUUGACGGGUCUGAAACGAUUAUACAUGAGCGGCUGUGACUCCAGCCUCUCCGGUGCGGUAAAGAUACUUUCUAAGGCUUCUUUGAAAUCGCUGAGGAAUCUGAGUUUGCCUGGAAACAGAAUCCCGGAAUGGUUCUCACAAGGCCCUGUCACAUUCACAGCUCAACCGAACAGAGAGCUCAGAGGUGUAAUCCUGGCUGUUGUUGUGGCCGCUCGUAACAAUGAAACCGGAGGUGACAACCAACUGCCUGAUGUGGUGGAGGUUCGAGCCCAAAUUCUCCAACUUGAUCUCAAGCACAAAUAUUUCCACACAUUGCACUUGUCUGGAGUGCCUAGAACAAGUGAUGAUCAACUCCACAUCUGCCGAUACUCAGCUCAGCACCCAAUGGUUACGUUGUUGAAAGAUGGGUACACCAUACAGGUGAUCAAACCAGAAGAAAAAUUCAAACAAGUUGAGAUGAAGAUGCAUGGAAUUCAUCUGGUUUACGAAGGGGAUGAUGAUAUUACAGGAAAUGAAAAUCGCUUAUCCGAGGCACUGCAAACCGUUUCUCAUAAACUUGCCAACUUUUUCAAAGAAGGUGAAACGAGCUAGUCUCUGCUACCCCAGAGAAGUUAAGAAAACUGCACACAAACUGUUGCUCAAAUUGUCCGCUCGAUACUGCAACAAAUGGUACUACUGUCCAAGAACGUUGUGUUUUUUUUUCUCAACUUUGCAUAAUAAUGUCAGUAGGAGCAUAUAUGUAAAAUGUACUUCUACAUAAAUUAUAAAAAGAUGAAAUGGAAACCAAAUUUGUAUA